CAGGGCAAGGUCAUCGUCAACUCCAUCUCCAUGAAGGAGGGGGAGGCCAAGUUCCGGGAGCAUGCCGCGAUCGUGAAGCGACAUGGUGCUGCAGUCGUGGUCAUGGCCUUUGAUGAGGAGGGCCAGGCUGCCACCUUCGAGGACAAGGUCCGCAUCUGCCUGCGUGCCUACAGGAUCUUGGUGAAUGAGGUGGGCUUCGAUCCCCAAGAUGUGGUGUUUGACCCCAACAUCCUCACGGUUGGCACGGGUCUAGCGGAGCACAACAACUACGCCGUGGACUUCAUCAAUGCCACGCGCGAGAUCAAGAAGGUCUGCCCCGGCGCCAAGGUCAGCGGCGGCGUGUCCAACAUCGCCUUCUCCUUCCGCGGCAACGAGCCCGUGCGCCGCGCCUUCCACUCUGCCUUCCUGCACCACGCCUGCGCGGCGGGGAUGGACAUGGGCAUCGUGAAUGCCGCCCAGGUGAUUGCCGACAAGUACGAGCUGAUCGACAAGGAGCUGCUCGGCUACGUGGAGGACGUGCUGCUCAACCGGCGCGAGGACUCCACCGAGCGCCUGCUGGACUUUGCCGCGCUGCUGGACCCCAAGUCCCCCCCCACCGCCGUACGGCGGCUGAAGGAGGAGAGCGCGCUGGCAAGCCUGCCGCCCAGGGUCAACCCCAUCGCGCCGGGCGUGGACACCCUGGCGCCCGAGGCCCACCUGCCCCUCGUGCCCGAGUACACACCCUACGUGGACAGGAUGAGGAGGACCGAGGCCUUUGAGCAGCUGGAGGAGCUGCUGGAGUCGCGCAUCUGCUUCAUCGAUGGCGCCAUGGGCACCCAGAUCCAGAAGUGGAAGCUGACAGAGGAUGACUUCAAGGGCGACCGGUGA